UUAUUGCUGUUUUUUUUAUCGGAUGAGUCAGAUCCGAAAAACAAAUUAGAAUCCAAUUUUUUGCAAUAUUACCUUGUGAGACCACCGAAGUUCCGCUUUAUUUCACCAGUUUUACCACUAUUCGAUCCGGAAAGCAACCAGCAAAAUGGAGUGGCUGUUCGGUAAGAAAAUGUCCCCGGACGAGAUGAUGCGCAAGAACCAGCGGGCUCUGAAUAAAGCGAUGCGGGAUUUGGAUCGGGAAAAGAUGAAAAUGGAACAGCAGGAAAAGAAGAUCAUCGCCGACAUCAAAAAGCUGGCCAAAGAAAAUCAGAUGGAUGCGGUCAAGAUUAUGGCCAAGGAUCUGGUCCGGACGCGACGGUACGUCCGGAAGUUUAUGCUAAUGAAGGCCAACAUCCAGGCAGUUUCGCUGAAGAUUCAGACACUCAAAUCGCAAAACGCCAUGGGAGAAGCGAUGAAGGGUGUUACGAAAGCGAUGAGCAACAUGAACCGGCAGCUCAAUUUGCCACAGAUUCAGAAGAUCCUGCACGAAUUCGAAAAGCAGUCGGAAAUAAUGGACAUGAAGGAAGAAAUGAUCAACGACGCGAUGGACGACGCAAUGGAAGACGAAGGGGACGAGGAGGAAACUGAUGCCAUUGUCUCGCAGGUUCUGGAUGAGUUGGGUCUGCAGCUGAACGAUCAGCUGUCCGGAUUGCCACAGGCUUCCGGUUCGCUGGCGGUGGCUGGUGGUGUGAAAGCUCCUCAGGCUGCUGCCGUUGGAGCUGGCGGUGCAGCCGGGGGUUCAGGAGCUGGUUCUCCCGUGUCGGAUGCCGAUGCCGAUCUGCAGGCUCGUCUGGACAAUCUACGGAGGGAGUAGUCUGACGAAGCGGAUUUUGUUUGAAAUUUGUUCUACUUCAAACGGCGUCCUGUCACCUUGAGAAUAUUGAUUGUGAUUGUUUAAGCUUGAUUCGAUGUGGGUACAUGUUUGUACUAUGGCGGGGAGAAGUGAAAGUGUUCGCUUUGUAAUGUAACUGUUUUCAAGAUAUAAUUUCACCACACGUUUACUAUAACUAUAACUUUUUAUUUAUAUUGCUAGGCA